CAUUUUAAGUCAUCUAUUGCCAACUCAAAGUAAUAGAGAUAGUGUUCUAAGUGAAAAGAAUUUCAAUUAAAUAAUAGGAGCAACAUACUCUUAUUAAGUGCAUGACCUAUCUAAUACAUUCUACCAGUCUAAUCUACUCAAACCGCAUGAGGCAACUGGUUACAGCUACCCUAAAUUCAAUACACAUCCAGUUUCCUAACCUUAAUCAUGUACAUUAUUUUCAAGUCUGGUAAUCAUAGAACACUUAUGGGCAUCUGGGGUCAGAGAAAAACUUUCUUGUUCAUCUUCUUUUACAUUCUUUUUGUUCCAUGUCAGUUAGAAGCUUGUCAUCUGGUAGAUAAAAUAGCAUUGUUAGAAUUCAAGCAAAAGAUUACCUUUGAUCCUUCAAAAUUGUUUCAAACAUGGACAUCUACAACUGAUUGCUGUAAAUCUUGGGAAGGUAUUGCUUGUGAUUCCUUUGGCAGGGUUGUCAAUGUAUCUCGCCCUGGCCUUUCUUCAGGCGACGACUUCAUUAUCGAUACUUCAGUUUCUGGAACUCUUUCUCCUUCUCUGUCCAAACUUUCUUUUCUUGAAUUGCUUGAUCUUAGUAAUCUCAAGGACUUGACAGGGUCAAUUCCACCUGAAUAUGGCAAGUUAUCGCGCUUGAGUUACCUCUUUCUUGAUACAAACAAGCUCACGGGAUCUAUACCUGUCACGUUUAAAUAUCUAUAUCAGUUGAAGAAGCUCUAUCUCAGUGAUAAUACACUUUCUGGUGCUAUUCCUUCAAAUAUUUUUGAUGGUUUCCUUUCACUAUCUGAACUUGGUCUUUCAGGAAAUCAAAUUUCAGGUCCAAUACCAUCUUCAAUUGGGAAUUUAUUAUCACUAACAAAGCUUGAUAUGAGUCACAAUAAGUUUUCUAAAAGCAUUCCAGAAAGUAUAGGAAAGCUCAAGAAUCUUGAAUACAUUGAUUUGUCUGAAAAUCAGUUCUCUGGAAAGAUUCCAAAUUCAAUUGGAAAUCUUUCCAAAUUAGUCCUGAUGUAUGUGAAUCAAAACCAACUGAAAGGAAACAUUCCUUCAUCGAUAUCUGGUCUUAGCUCAUUGAUAUUCUGCCGUUUAUCCGAGAACAAGCUGAGUGGCAGUAUCCCACCUUCUAUUGGCAAUCUUCCAAAAAUCCAAAGGCUAAUAUUUGAGAACAACAAACUCAGUGGGAAACUUCCUGCAACUCUUGGACAUCUUGCAACUCUCACAGACAUGUUCUUUUCCAAUAAUCUUUUUACAGGCAAAAUCCCAUCAACUUUUGGCAAUCUACAAAGCCUCCAAACACUAGACUUGUCAAGAAAUAAGCUAAGUGGUGAAAUUCCUCAUCAGCUUGUAAAACUAGUGAGGUUACAGACAUUGGAUCUGUCAUUCAAUCCUCUGGGGCUUUCAAGAAUACCAAAUUGGUUUCAGAAACUAAAAGUGUUUCGGCUUAUUUUGGCGAAGACUGGGAUCAGAGGGCAGCUCCCUAGUUGGUUGGCUUCAUCAUCAUGCUCAACACUUGAUUUAUCAAGCAAUGGUUUGACUGGGAAAUUACCUAAAUGGAUUGAAAAUAUGACCAGCCUUUCAUUCUUGAAUUUGUCGAACAACGCCUUUCAUUCAUCAAUCCCUGAUGAAUUCAGGAACCUGUCACUGCUGAUGGAUCUAGAUCUUCAUUCCAAUAAAUUCUCAGGCAACUUGAGAGCAAUUUUCUCAAAGAAUUUUCAGGAUCCUCUCGGCCGCUACAAUUCUAUUAAUCUUGCAUACAACAUGUUCAAGGGACCAUUAGAUGAAAACAGUGGAAAUGAACCAGUGAUGGCAUCUAUUGUUUCACUUAGUUUGUCACACAAUCCAUUGACAGGGCACAUACCGAUAUCGCUUGGAAACUUGACAAGCUUGCAGGAGAUUAAACUAGCAGAAACUGGACUAUCAGGUGGAAUUCCAAAAGAGCUUGGGAAUGCCAAGGAACUGAAAACAAUUUUACUUUCAAAUAAUGAUUUGGAAGGUGCAAUACCAGAAGAAGUUCUGAAUUUGAAAGAGCUAGAAGAAUUUGAUGUGUCAGAAAAUCGACUAAGCGGUCGAAUCCCUCCCCACAAAGCCAAUAUUCCAAAGUCUGCAUUUCUGGGAAAUCAUGGCCUGUGUGGAGCUCCUCUUCCUCCUUGUAAACACUCAUAGUAUCUGUUUUCCUCUUCUUUAUUUAUUUUUCAUUUUCAUCAUUUGAAUAAUUCAUCUGUAUGCAUUGUAUUUCAAUUGUAGUCACUCAAUACAUGAGAAUUAAAUGUUAUUCUGACCACCA